CUGUCACUGUCCCCUACUUCACUUGUCACCGUGGGCUGCAAUCAAUAAUUUUAUUGUCAAUAAAAAUAAUUUCCGUUUUCUUGGUUGCACAUGCUUUAAUUAAUCAUAUUCCUUUCGAUAAACCGUAAUUUACAAUGAAAUUAACAGUUAAGAAGUUGCAAGGUGGAGAGUGUUGUGUUGAGGUGCUACCAACAACGUCUAUAUUUGAAAUAAAACGAGAAGUUGCUGGAAAAUUAGCAAUACCUGUUGAAGAACAAAAGCUUCUGUUACUUGGGCGCACCUUAGCCGAUGAACAGACAAUUGAGUCAUACCCAACAAUAAAAGACGGCACCAAACUCAACCUUAUUGUGAAAAAACCUGAUGGUCUGUUUGAAGCUUCAAUGAAGUACUUUAAAAAGUUAGGUAUGACAGAUAAAGAAGCCACAAAUGCAGCUAAUAAACUUUUAAAAAUUGUAGAGGAUAAGUUUAAUAAGUUGUCUUGGGAUGAUAUAGACCGGUUGUCUAUGGACUGUCUUUUAGAGGAAUGUGGCCAGAGUCGGCCAGUGGUAGAGAAUGAGCAAGAAAAUGAGGACAUGUACGGUUUGUGACCCUUCCGGAGUGAAUUGAUUUACAUCUUAAAUCAAAUGUUCUAAUGUUUAUGGCUUUAAAGACUACAUUGAUAUUCAUUGAAAGUACAUUCUCUAAUAUGUUUAUUUAACAAUCUUCAUAAAUCUUUAUUGGUAUUUUGUGAAGGUGUCUUUAUUUACUGUCAUGUAUUUUAUGCAACAUAAGGGCUGAUUAAAAAGUACCUUUGUUUUAUAUACAAAACAGCUGGCAAGGUUUGCUCUUACUUUUUAAUUCCAUAUAUACAAUUCAAAUGAAUUUGUAAAUUAGGCAUCAUUUUAGUUGUGUUUAUUUUGUAAAUGUGUAUUCCAUCAUAGCCUAUAGCAGGGGUCACCAAAUGGCGGACUGUGGUCCAGAUCCGGACCGCCAACCUAUUUAACUUAGUUAAUAAACUUAAGUAGAAACGGACCAAGAUAGUCAUUUUAAGAACAGGUCCCCUAAGGAAGUUAAUUUGUGACCCCUGAUGUAGACUGAUUCCCUCCUUUUGCCGAUUUUAAGAUUUGUAUGACUUAUGUUUUAAUAAACUAUAAUAAAGAAACACACUGGAAACAGAGAAAGUCUUACAUCAAUAUAUUUUAAGUUGUGGUGUUGUUAAUCACUUUAAUACUUAUGAAUUAAAAUCCUUAUUCUGAAUGUCAAUUUUAGUCCAAUACACGUUUUUUGCACUUGCAUUGCCACAUUGCUAUGAGGCAUGAAAAUGAAGCUUUGUGUUGUUGAUGCUCUUAGGUGGUGACAAGUCAGUUUCCAUACAACUUAAUCCUUUUCCAGUCUAGAAGGGUUUCCCAACAAAUCUAAUAGUUAUGUUUGGUUGGUUAAUUUGAAGACAUCUCCCAUUUCUCGAAAGACCAAUCGGCCGCCUCACCAUACAAACAUAGAUCUCAUUUUCUUCUCUGGAUAUUGACAUUAUGGAAAAUAUUUGUACAUAACUUGAUAUACAAAUAUUAGCUAUAGCUAUGACCCUACGUUUGACUUUUUUCGAUUUGUUGAUUGUUGUAAAAAUUAGGAAAAAAACACAUUACAUACAAAUUUUUAAAUUCUCCUAACUCUUAUAACUAAAAAUGAAAAAAAAAAUUAAACGGAGCAUGGCUGUCACAUAGUUGAUAUACAACAAAUUGAGUCAAAAUAUCCAUCCAACCACGUUAAUAUCCAGAGAGGAACAUGAAGACUAUGUUUGUAUGAAAAGGCGAUUUCGCAUGAGUCUUCCACUUUCGUUCUAAAGUGGAUUGCUAAGGUUGAAAUUAUAUUGACACAUAUGUGGUCGAUAAUUCGUACUAUGCCUGGAAAAGGGUUCACACUUACAAUUCUACAUAUCCAAAAAUGUUAUUAUAAAGCAUAAGUUACUUGGACAGUACAAUAGUUGUUCUUAGUGCUUUAGGAAUCGGAAGCUAAUCGAGACAUAUUUAGGCAUUGUCCACUUUAAAAUGGUGAAAAAACAAAGAAUGUUGUUGAGAAACAUCAAAUAAUAAUAAACAAGUUUGUAUGGAAACAGCAGUUAACUGUAACAUUGUGUUGUGAUAUUUUAUUAUUUUAUUUCUAUGGACUGUAAAUAUUUUUUUACUGAUAAGCUUUGAUCAUUCAUAUAUGUAUAUUGAAAAAUUAAUGAAAAAAAAAAAAACUGGAGACUGCUACCCCUGGAAGCUCAAUUGUAAUUGAUGUAAGGUAAAGAUCCCAAUGAUUGACACCUGGAAUUGAAUAAUUUAUAUGCUAUCUUUUUCCUUUAUUUCUUUGGUAUAAAAUAAAUAAUUAAAUAUUAACAUCUUACAAAAACCGACCUAGUUCCACAGUAAGUAAGCUAAAUAAGGUUUGUGUUGUGGGUACUAGAUGACGAUACAUAUAGUAUAUAGAUAAAUACUUACCAUACAUAAUAAAUAGUGUACCAGGAUUCAAACCAGGCAGAAGCCAAUUAUGUAUAAUGGUAUGAAUGUAAGGUUAAAGGUAUACUAACACGUUAGGGACAACUUCAAGCACAUUUAUAUUAAUUAGCCGGGUCCACACAGAGCGAGCAUACGUGCGAGCCAAUUUCCUUACGCACAAACCGGCCAGUGUAGACGUGCCUCGCACGUACGUGCUCGCUCGCUCACUCUGUGUGGACCCGCCUAUUGAAUAACAUUAACUUUGAGAGUAAUAACGGAAUUCUAAUUUGCUACAAAUUAUGAAUUAUACAUUAUUAUUGUUCGAUUGAACUGAUAUUGUAAACAAAAUUGAAAACAGAAUUUCAUAGGUAUUUAUUAAAAAUGUCUUCAUUGGCGGGCCUAAUAAAAAACGCCAUAUAUAGUUUUUCAAUGAGUUGAUAGCAUUUUUUUAAUUUGAUUUUGUGAAUUAGUAAUAGAUUAAUAAGGUAAAUGUCCUUAUGCUCAACACUGCCCUAAGUUGGAAUUUUUAAUAUUAAUUCUAGUGUACACCUAAAAACGCUACAAAUUGUGUUAAAAAAAGCAUGAACAUCACUACUAUUAAUCUUUAGGCCAUUUGAAUCAAUUUGACCCGUAGCACCAAAAAAAGAAAAACUUUGAGUUAUUACGUCAUCUUUUUUUGUAAGAUUUUUUUUUCAGAAACCUAUCGUGUGUGUGUGGUAUUAAAUGAAAGGGCAUUUGACCCGGUUCUAAAAAUAUAUAACAUCAUUACAUUUUAGUCACUUGUAUUAAAUUAAAAUAAAUUUCAAAACGUACCAAGUUUCAGCUCCUCCAGCCAGAUACGAUACCGUUGAAUUAUUUCUUGUAAAAUAUACUGCAAAUAAUAUAUUCUCUUAAUUAACCCCAAGAAAGGAUUUUCGAAAAUAUUUAUCUUUGGUAUUUUUAAUGGGAUAAAGAUCAAUCGUAUCGAUUUUCAUAUUUAACACCAUUUUCAGCAUGUUACAGAUUCUGGGGUGUACCGCUAGGACUAUUCAUAGCAAUAUAAGUGUACAUUAUAUAGGAUGUGAAACAUCGGGACCCUUACCUAAUAUACUUAAAACAUAUGGGUAAACUAAAUGUUAGAGUUAAUCAAAACAUGUAAUAGGUUUGGGCAAAUAAAACUAUUUUCGUUCCAUUCA